UUCCACAAACUUUUAAUAAUCCAGUAGUGGGGGCGUAACUUUUCAGGGUUGCUUUAGCCGGCUUCAGCUUUUGAAACAGAAACAGUAUGUUCCGUGCUUGCUCUGCAAAAGCUCGGUGUACGGAUAGAAUACGCCGCGUUUGCCGCUUUUCUGAUCGUAAAUGCGUGCGCCAUGACCGCUCAAUUAAAAAAUUCGAGUGAUUACUGGAUUUUCAAAUUGUGUUUUAGUGCGUCCUGUUAAGAAUAUGGGGAAAAAAAGGCGCGCAUCUAAACGACGUGCUGUUGCCAUCGAUAAAGAUCACUCCCAACUGACAAAUAUGGAACAAGAUGAUGUUUUUGAGGAAGAUUUGGAAAACAAAAUUGAAAGUGGACAUAGAAGACCGAAGCCCGGUCAAUGUCAAAAGGGUAUUUGCGGUAAAGAAGCGGCUUGUUUGUCUCAUUCCAACAACACAUAUUCUUGCAUUUGUCCGCACGACAAGUCACCACCUACGAAAGACUGGAGAUGCACUCGUAUUACAGUUCCACCCACACCCCACCCAAUCAAGAAUAUACGAUUAUCAUCAGAUGCAAAUUCUACAAUAUCUAAAAGUAAAAACGCUACUAGUCGCGUUAAUAAUCGCAUCACCAGCACCUCGGCGCACUCAAAAGAACCGUUAGCCAACGCACCUGGAACGUUUCCGAGUACAAUAGUAAUUUCAGUUUUGGUCGGAGUCAUUGUGAUAGUUAUGAUCGCCAUUAUUUUUACUGUUAUCUCAUGGAGGCGAAGGAAACAAGGAUGCUUAUGCUAUAACAAAAAUCCAUGCACGCCAGUGUCAUCUCCAAUCGUGCUAAAACGAAGCUUUCUUGUACCAGAAAGAUAUGCUCCCAAUCCACAGUAUUCUGCUUGUUCCAGUAGUUCAGUGCCAAUAAUACAAAGGGAAUCGCUCAAAUUUUUAAACGAAUUAGGCGAAGGAUGCUUUGGAAAAGUAUUUAAAGGUGAACUGCAGAUUGAAUCCAGCUAUCAAGUAGAAGUAGUAGCAAUAAAAGUACUAAAAGAAUCGGCGUCGAGGGAAGUUGAAGAAGAUUUUUUUAGAGAAGUCGAUAUUAUGAGUGCGUUUCGACACAAGCACAUCUUGUCACUAGUCGGAGUGGUUAUAAGAGAGGGUGGCUUUAGUCCAAUGAUGGUGUUUGAGUACAUGCCACAUGGCGAUUUAGCGGAACUACUCAGGGAGCAAACCAAAUGUGAUACACAUCUUCCGAUACUCUCCAAGAAGGAUCUGAUGCUUAUCGCGAUGCAAAUAUCGAGCGGAAUGAGUUAUUUGGCAGCUCAACGAUUCGUUCAUCGCGAUUUAGCCUGUAGAAAUUGCCUGGUUGCAACAGGACCUAUUGUAAAAAUUGCGGACUUUGGAAUGAGUAGGGAUGUAUAUACCUGCGACUACUAUAAGAUAGGGGGAUCACGAUUACUACCGGUCCGUUGGAUGUCACCGGAAAGUGUCAUGUAUGGCAGAUUUACUUUGGAAUCUGACAUUUGGUCGUAUGGAAUUAUUUUAUGGGAAAUUUAUAGUUACGGUAAACAACCCUAUUAUGGACAUUCAAAUGAGGAAGUUGUUAAACUAAUUUUACAAGGCAUAAUGUUAAUUCCUCCCGAAGACAGUCCCACUGUAAUAUGUAGUCUUAUGAAAGCUUGUUGGAAGACAGAACCGCGGGAUCGUAUCAAGUUUUCAGAAAUAUUUGAUAAAUUAUACAAGGUGUUCCACAAUUAUGAACAACUGAAUAUUUGUAUCACUAGUAAGUUAUCGUUUCAAGAUGAACAUGUAGUCGAUAGUGCCACUCUCCAGAGAAAGUUACCUCGCCCCCCUCCAUUAUUGCCAUUAUCUCCGAACGAGAUAGAACUGUUAGAUACUGAUGGUUACCUGCUACCUAAUAUAAUCAGGGACCCAGUGCAAUAUCUAGAUGUACAGAAAGAAUGAUGUAUAUAUAAAAAAAAAUUAUGUGUAACCUGUGUACCUAAUGCUCUUGGGAGUGUUAAAGCGGAGAGAAAUUAUGGUUUUAGCAGAACUAAAUAUAACAUUCUAAAAUCUGUAUUAUAAAUGCAAAGAAAGAAAUUACGUUUCCAAAUGUUUUCUUUUGAAAUUAUGUAUAUUUCCUGUGUAUAUAGAUAGAAGUGGUAUAUUUUAAAGUACGAGGCCAGACGCAUAUGUAUUGGAGCAAAACAAAUAGACAUUACCUACCUUUUCCUUUUUGUUUGCUUUAUCGUUUAGGAAAAUAAAUUCUAAUUCAGAAAGUUGUGUUGCAUAUUUGUUUUGGUUCAAUAGAUAUGUCUGGGCUCAUACGAAUACCUAAUUGAAUAUAAAAACUUUUCAUUUGUUUUUAUAAUAUAGGUACAAGGUUGGGUACAAUUGUACCUAUAGCAAUUAUGCAUGCUUCAAUGGUUCCAAAUUCCAUAAUACAUUCCCAUGAAUAAAGACAUAUGAUAGCAAUGUACUUACGUUUUUCUAGUUGUCUCCCAAAAAAACCAUUAAUAAGGUAUUCAUAAAUGUGCGAUUAAGAAAAUUUUUGAAAGUUUCAAUGAUAGGUAGUACCUAAGUAUGUUGAUAAAUGCAUAAAUCUCUAUUAUGGCCGAUUGCACCGACAAAUUUAAGUGGAGCUUAGCUUAAGCAUAGCUUAAAAUCCAUGGCAACGGUUAUUGAAUAUGGUUGCCAUGGAUUUUAAGCUACGCUUAAGCUAAGCUCCGCUUAAAUUUGUCGAUGCAAACGGGCAUUAAUGACGUUGACAUACUUAAAAUUGUGUCAUAUACUCCAAAAUAAAUCCCAAUAAAUGUGAUAACAAAGUCUUACAUCACAUGCAAAAAUUGCAAGUCAUUUGUCUUAUAUUAGCUGAUGUUUAAUGAAAUGCAAUUGCAAGUGAUGUUCUCAAAUGCCAAAGAUGAAGACAAAACAGGGUUCACUGUGUUAUUGUUAAUUAUGAAAACCGUUGCAAUACAAUUGACCCGCAAUUUCUACUUUUACGUUUGACAAAUCGUAGUUUUGAUUAGGUAUGUAUAAGUUUUGUAAGAUAUAUUUUAUUAAAUAAAAGAACUAUAAAAGAUG